GAUUAUAUUCACCAUUAGCGCCGAUCUCUUUUUUCAAGCUUUAACAUUAUAGAAGCAUCCUCAGCAAGCAGCUCACAAGAUCCGAUCAGAUCCGUUCAAAUCCCUUCGCCUUCUCUCUCUUGUAGCUGCCUCUCUGCUCUCUUUCUCUCUCAGGUUCUCUCUGCUUUUGCUCGUUUAUGCAUGUCUACAUCGUCCUGAAUCGUUCUCCAACUCUAGUUUCGUUGAAUUUAAGCACGAUUCCGUUGUUUGGAAGCAAGGUUCUCGAGAGCAGCUCUCCAAUUUCACUCAAAAUUAGGGCUUUUGUGCAAAUUCCGAGGUGGGAUGCUUCAGAUCGUGACCUAGGGUUCGUAAAGGUGCUGCCUUUACCUUCAAUUGCAUGAAGAUUUGGUGCUGCCUGUGCUUCACUUUCGAAGACGAAGAAGCACCGUUAAAGGGUAAUAACGUUCAGAAUAAGGCCAUGAGGGAGGGCAUUUUUGAGAAUGACAACAACCCUGAGUGCAACAUUGAGAAUAACGCCGAGGACGCCGAUGAAGCUGCAGCCACGAGAUUAGCGCUUGCAUUGACCGACAAUAGAUGGGAGCGUGAUGAUCAGGACCCAUUGAGAUUGUUCGAGGAGAUGACUAGAGCGACGCAUGGUGAUGGUUCCAAUUGGGACGAGGAGGCACCUGCUUUAGACGAGUUAUUGCAUGUAGCUGCUCCGCUUUCCCUGAGGAAGACUGCGAUUCGAUUCACUCAGAGAGGCCAGGGUGAGAGUAGUAGUUCCACGGCAGGAGCAGCGGCUUCUACUGCGACGGAGAGUGGUAACGAGGACUGUGAUCGGGACAUGCAUAGUAAACGGGCCAAAGUUAACUCUGGUUCUCAUGAUUGUCAUUAUCCAACGGCUAUGUCUUCACAUGCUGGCAAUUCUAUCUCAGCUGACAGAGAUUUUAGUUUAAGUCAGAGCUCAUCUGCUCUGUCAAGGAAUGAGAUUUUUUAUCAUAAUUUCAUGUGGAAUAGCAGCAGCAAUGAGAAUGCCUGUGAUUCUAAUGGUGGGAGAGAUGAUGGAGAUGAGGGUGGUACUUCUAAGUCAGAAGAUGCAGAAGUUCGGAUGGACCUUACUGAUGAUUUAUUGCAUAUGGUUUUUUCUUUUUUGGACCACAUUAAUCUCUGUCAAGCUGCAAUGGUAUGUAAGCAGUGGCGAGCAGCCAGUGCACAUGAAGAUUUCUGGAGGUGUCUGAAUUUUGAGAAUCGGAACAUUUCUGUGGAACAAUUUGAAGACAUGUGUCGGAGAUACCCAAAUGCUACUGAAGUGAAUAUUUUUGGUGCUCCCAACAUCCACUUGCUUGUUAUGAAAGCAGUCUCUUCAUUAAGAAAUCUUGAGGUUCUAACUUUGGGAAGAGGACAACUAGGGGAUCUUUUUUUCCAUUCCUUAGCAGAGUGUAACAUGUUGAAGAGUUUGAAUGUCAAUGAUGCUACUCUGGGUAAUGGUGUUCAGGAGAUCCCUAUAAACCAUGAUAGAUUGCGUCACCUUCAACUUACAAAAUGCCGUGUUGUUAGGAUAUCUGUCAGGUGUCCACAACUUGAAACUUUGUCUUUGAAGCGCAGCAACAUGGCACAGGCGGUACUCAAUUGUCCACUUCUGCAUCUACUUGAUAUAGGGUCCUGCCACAAGCUUUCAGAUACAGCAAUCCGUUCAGCAGCAACUUCAUGUCCUCAAUUGGAGUCUUUAGACAUGUCAAAUUGUUCAUGUGUUAGUGAUGAAACUUUACGUGAAAUAGCCCUUGCAUGUGCUAAUCUUCAUAUUCUCAAUGCAUCAUAUUGUCCUAAUAUAUCACUUGAGUCUGUAAGACUGCCGAUGCUGACAGUUCUCAAGCUUCAUAGUUGUGAGGGAAUCACGUCAGCUUCUAUGGCUGCAAUAUCUCAUAGUUAUAUGUUGGAGGUUUUGGAGCUUGACAAUUGUAACCUACUGACUUCUGUGUCCUUGGAUCUUCCUCGCCUGCAGAACAUACGGCUAGUACAUUGUCGCAAGUUUGCUGAUCUGAACUUACAAAGUAUCAUGUUAUCAUCUAUAAUGGUGUCUAAUUGUCCAGCACUUCAUCGCAUUAAUAUCACGUCAAACUCACUUCAAAAAUUAGCAUUGCAGAAACAGGAAAACCUCACAACAUUGGCAUUGCAAUGCCAAUGCUUGCAAGAAGUAGACCUCACAGAUUGUGAAUCACUGACAAAUUCUAUUUGUGAAGUUUUUAGUGAUGGUGGGGGGUGCCCUAUGCUAAAAACAUUAGUUCUUGAUAAUUGUAAGGACUUGACAGCUGUACAAUUCUGCAGUAUUUCAUUAGUGAGUCUUUCCCUAGUUGGUUGCCGUCGUAUUACUGCUCUUGAACUGACAUGCCCUCGCCUUGAAAAAGUUUGUCUGGAUGGUUCUGAUCAUCUUGAGAGAGCAUCAUUUUCUCUUGUUGCUCUUCGGUCAUUGAAUUUAGGAAUUUGUCCCAAAUUAAAUGUACUUAAUAUUGAAGCACCAUAUAUGGUAUCACUCGAGUUGAAAGGAUGUGGUGUGUUGUCGGAAGCAACGAUCAACUGUCCUCUCCUAACAUCUCUGGAUGCUUCCUUCUGCAGCCAACUUAAGGAUGAUUGCUUGUCUGCAACAACUGCAUCCUGUCCACUGAUCGAGUCACUAAUAUUGAUGUCUUGCCCAUCUGUUGGUUCUGAUGGACUUUACUCUUUGCGCUGGCUUCCAUAUUUGACUCUGCUAGAUCUGUCGUAUACUUUCUUGAUAAACCUGCAGCCAGUUUUUGAGUCUUGUUUGCAACUGAAGGUACUGAAAUUGCAAGCUUGCAAGUAUCUUGAUGACACGUCAUUGGAGCCUCUUUACAAGGAAGGUGCUCUGCCAGCGCUUCAGGAAUUGGACUUGUCUUAUGGGACCCUCUGCCAGUCUGCAAUAGAGGAGCUUCUUGCUUGCUGUACACAUCUUACUCAUUUGAGCUUGAAUGGCUGUGUGAAUAUGCAUGACCUGAAUUGGGGAUACAGUGGAGGUCAACUUUCUGAGUUGCCAAGUGUAUAUAAUCCAUCUGCCCUGCUUUCCGAUGAUAAUAUCCAUGGACCAUUUGAGCAGGCAAACCGUUUGCUACAGAACCUCAAUUGUGUGGGUUGUCCGAAUAUUAGGAAAGUUCUCAUUCCACCUAUGGCACGAUGUUUCCACUUGUUGUCACUAAACCUUUCUUUAUCUGCCAAUUUGAAGGAAGUUGACAUUGCUUGUUACAGUUUGUGUUUCCUUAAUUUGAGUAAUUGUUGCUCUUUGGAGGUAUUGAAGCUUGAGUGCCCAAGACUGACAAGUCUCUUUCUCCAGUCUUGUAACAUUGAUGAGAAAGAAGUUGAGGCUGCUAUAUCUCGAUGUAGUAUGCUGGAGACUCUAGAUGUUCGUUUUUGUCCAAAGAUAUGCCCAACAAGCAUGGGGAGAUUGCGGUCAGCAUGCCCGAGUUUGAAGCGUGUCUUUAGCAGCCUCUCACCUUCAUGAUGUGAAUGAAGAAUUUUGUUUCAUUUUUGGCAAUGGUGUGAUUCACUUGGAGGUGAAAAGCGGCAAACUUUUAUUUAGCGUGGUAUCCUCUGUGUCUUUACUUUCUAUGUAUUGUAAAUGUGCUGCUGUCUUGUUGAUGUCUGUUUUGGUAUAUAGUUAUAGGCAUUUCAUUUGAUGUAGUAGUAGCUGUUUUGAUGUAUCAAAUACAAUAAGUGGUCUGUACUUCCUAUUUUUGUUUGUUUAUAAUAUUUUGAUGUAUCAAAAAUCUCUAA